AUGACCACUUUCCAAUCAACCCGUGAGACAUCAACGCCUUUGGCAGCUGCGAGGGGCUGCAAACGAUGCUGCCUCUUCCUGGCUGUCUGGCUUUGGGUGCCGUCCUUCCGGCCGCAUCUCAGCUUCGUUGGGACCACCGUCGCCCCAUUUCGGCCCGGAGAAACGCCGCCGGCGACCACGCGCUUCGUGCGGGAGAAGAAGGGUUCGCUGUGGCGAAGGAACGGCGAUGCCAAGGCUUCAAAAGGUGGGAGGUCACGGAGAUCACGACGGUCGCGCGCAGUUGCACAGAUGGCACCAGAUGGUGUGAAGGCUGCACAGAUGCUGACCGCCAGCAUCAAGAAGGCUCAGACAGCUGCUGACUUGCUUGGGGUUUUGGAUGAGGCAGUGAACUCGCCGUACUUCAACUACUUCCACGUGUCGGCAGCGUAUACCAGCUUGGUAUCGUUUCAUCGAGGCAGAGCAUUACUGCCAAGUUCUGCCGAGAGCCCCGUGCUGCAGAAACUCCACGUGCAGACUGAGACCUUGAUCACAUUGAAACAGAUCAACCCACAGGCUUCUGCCAAUGUGCUAUGGGCAAUCACGGCAUUGUUUGAGGCAAUUCCUGGAACAACUCAGUUGCUUCCUGCUUUGAUCAAUCUUUUUCCGGAGACUGUGCCAGGCAUGAAAGCACAAGAGUUGGCAAACUGUGUGUGGGCAUCAGCACAAUUGAAGGAUGUCGCUCCUGACGUGCUGAAGGUCGUGCCAGCACUCAUUUCCCAAAUUCCAGGCAAAGCUCUGGACAUGAAGCCUCAAGAAUUGUCGAACUCUUUGUGGGCCUCAGCACAUUUGAAGGAUGUCGCUCCUGAUGUGCUGAACGUCGUGCCUGCGCUCAUUUCCCAAGUUCCAAGCAGAGCUGUUGACAUGAAGCCUCAAGAAUUGUCCAACUCUUUGUGGGCAUUAGCACAUUUGAAGGAUGUCGCUCCUGAUGUGCUGAAGGUCGUACCAGCACUCAUUGCCCAAGUUCCAAGCAGAGCUGUUGACAUGAAGCCUCAAGAAUUGUCGAACUCUUUGUGGGCAUCAGCACAUUUGAAGGAUGUGGCUCCGGAUGUGCUGAAGGUCGUUCCAGCACUCAUUGCCCAAAUUCCAAGCAGAGCUGUAGACAUGAUUCCUCAACACUUGUCCAACUCUUUGUGGGCAGCAGCGCGCUUGAAGGAUGUUGCCCCUGAUGUGCUGAAGAUAGUGCCAGCACUCAUUGCUAAACUGCCAAGUAAAGCUGGCCAAAUGACAGGAAUUGAGUUGUCCCAAUUUAGGUGGGCAGCCGCAGAGUUAAAGGAUGUAGCACCCGAAGUGCUGAAGAUGGAGGCUUCCAUCCAAGCAAGGUCGCAACACAAGUCAGACCCCGGCCAUGCGGAUUCUCAAUGA